AUGGCAAAUGAGUCGAACCAGACAACUGAUGCCGCGAGCGAAGUCAAUCCUAAUGGCUUCAUCACUGAUCGCGCAAUCGAUGGCGAGCGACGUUCUAUUCGCCGCUUCAACAACGGUCGAAUAUCGGCGCGCGGUACAAGUGUUGAACAUAGCCUCCGAACAAGAGCCUGCACAAUGGACAGCACAAUGGACAGCACGAGGGACAGCACGAGGGACAGCACGAGAAACAACACGAGAAACAACACAAGGAGCAACACAAGGAGCAACACAAGGCCUCCGAGUCGUGUCAAAUUUCCCAUCUCCCUCCGCCAGAAUCCGGUUGAUCAUUCGACUUCAGCUCUUGAGCACAAGCGAGAUCCUACUGUGGCUGAGAUAUCUGCCGCCAUGGCUAAGCUCUCUGCUGAUCACCCCGCUUGCUCAAAGGUAAAGAAGUCCCGCGAGAAAUUGGAUUUCGAUACCAUCUCAAAGACUGAGACAACGGCAUUGAAAAACGGCAGCUACUCGUGUGGAGCUAGUGUGACCAGCUCCAAUCGUAGCACGAGAACAAACAAUUCGGUUAAUGCUAGGAUAGCGGAGAUUGAAGGCAAACUAAGGAGGCAUAAUACUUCCAAGCUCGAAUCCGUGGAGGAGACAGGUUAG